AUGCUUUGCGUGGUUGUUGUGGAAGCUGCGAAGUUCUUUCCCUACGUCGUUAUCGAAGCGACUUCGGCAACUCACAAUUUUACCCAAAACGUCGCUGGAAUUAAAGAUCGCAAGCUUAUAAGUACCUCUCGCAGACCGGCAACAUCCACAUCUACAUCAUCCACCGAAACCGUCGAUCCUACCCAAAUCCUUGCCCAACAACGUCUUAACCGCCCCGUUUCUCCUCACCUUACCAUCUACAGACCCCAGAUUUCCUGGUACCUAUCUGCUCUCAAUCGUAUCACCGGUUCCGUUCUCUCUGGCGGUCUAUACGUUUUCGCCACCGCAUAUCUCGUUGCUCCUGCCAUUGGCUGGCAUUUAGAAUCCGCAUCACUCGCCGCUGCUUUUGGCGCCCUCCCCCUCGCUGCGAAGUUCGCCAUUAAGCUCGGUGUUGCCAUGCCAUUCACCUUCCACUGCAUGAACGGUGUUAGACAUCUGAUCUGGGAUUUGGGAAAGAAAUUGAGUAACAAGGAAGUUAUCGCUACUGGUUGGACUGUUGUUGGGCUGAGUAUGGCCAGUGCCUUUGCCUUGGCUCUGAUCUGA